CGUUUUAUGUAAUCAAUUGUUUGGAGUUAUCAUAGAUCCAGCCUGCUUGCCUCGGGCUGGUGCAUGUAUGCCAUGAGCUCGCCUCAACGUCGAGUUCCGCUUCCUAAUGCGAGUUACGUCGCCGAGGUGAAGAGAACUUGUUCAGCUCUGUGUGACAGUCAGAAGAUUCAAGUGUCCACGACCGCGAUCAAACGCCUUUUGUUUUCCCCUUCUUUCCUUUCCUCAUUCAAACGCGUAUCAGGAUACCAUGGUUUGAAUUUUCCCCUCAACUUUCCCUCAGUGCUUUCCGAAGUGAAUUUUUUGUCGGUUCUCUCCCUCCUCAACUUCGGCUCUGGCUACCGAGUACCACUUCAUCAUCAAACUGGUCGUGGAGCUUGGGACAGUAUCCGGGCUCUCAUGUUUGGCCUCUACCUGUCCUCCUCAACGGGCAAUGGAAACCUGUUGUCUGCAAAGGGCAUGCAGACUAUUAGCGAACAACAAAUUGCCGACCUCAUGUCAGUUAAUUUAUAUAUUGAGCAACCUCACAAUGAAAUACCUGGAGUAUCCAUCAAUACACUCGGGGGGCCGCUCUAUGACCUCGUUAAACUCAUUGCUGCAACGCUGCAGGAGACGGGAAAAAUUUUAGAGGACCUAGGGGACCCGGAUCUUGGCACAUUUGUGGUCAGGAGCCUCAGAGAAGCCGACGCAGCUAAGCAUGGCGCAGACCCCAACGCGGGUGCAGAUGCUAUUUUAUCUAAAACAUGGACUAUCAUAGACAACCAGCCCGUCUACUGUUUCAAAAAGGCUCUGUUCCUUAUAUACGCGAUCGUUAUCCGGUUCGGAAUCCGCAGCACACCUCCGUUCCCACUUCUAAACACGUCUCAAAUCCCAGUGUUUACUGAUAACGUUCUUCCAUCCAUGCUUGUCCACUUGGGAGUCGUCGACUUAUCGAGGUCGACUGCACAUGGACUACAUACUAUAUUUCCGAAUGCUGCGGACAAGGCUCAAAUAGAUUCCCUCCUACAGCCACUGCCAAAAUCCCAUACAUCGGACUCCGAGAAGUUAUUCCCAACAGAAGGACCCGCGUUGAACCUGGAACAAGCCUACGUAUUGCGUGCUGCAGCACUUGACGCCUGCGAACGGAUUGUCCAUGUAGCGCGCACUCUCGAUCCAGAUAGUCUACAGGCAGAUCAAAAAUGGAUCCAAUCCAUCACAUUGCCUGAGCUAGAUUUAUGGCUCUGGGCUGUGGCUAAAGACAGAGCGGACUACAGAACGCUAGAAAGGUUUACACUGCGAGACACAGUUUUUUUCUAAAUAGGUGGUCCUGAUUGAUAGCAUCAGAGUUGUCGCAGAGCAGCAGAUUAUAGAACACGCCCUAUGUAGGGGUUUCCAGUGCGCAGCCUUGUUCUUUGGUAAUUUGCCGUUUACCCCAAAAAAAGUGUGGACCGGA